AUAGGAACUAUAAUGUGUGUUGUGUGGUCACAGCUGUUGUGGUGGGCACGUUGGGGCUCGCUUCUCUCUUUUCUCUCCUCUCACCACUCCCAUUUUGGCCCCCUUAUGUAAAAAUGCCUCCCAAAAAUGGCCAGAAGGGAGGAGCGACCCAGUCUAAAAAGACGGAACAGAAGAAAAAGGAGAAAAUCAUCGAGGAUAAAACAUUUGGUCUGAAGAACAAGAAGGGAGCAAAGCAGCAGAAAUUCAUCCAACAGGUGCAGCACCAAGUAAAGCAUGGAGGAAAUAAGAGUGCAAAGGAACUUGAGAAGGAAGUAAAAAAGAAGGAUGAUAAGAAGAAAGAGCUUGCUGAGAUCAAUGCCAUUUUUAAACCAGUCCAGCAAACUGCUGGUAAAGGUGCUGAUCCAAAAUCAGUCUUGUGUGCAUUCUUCAAGCAGGGUCAAUGUGGCAAAGGCUCUAAGUGCAAAUUCUCCCAUGAUCUCAAUGUGGAGCGCAAGAGUGAAAAACGUAGUGCCUAUGUUGAUGUAAGAGACAAGGACGAAACAAGUGCAGAUUGGGAUGAGGCAACACUUUUAGAUGUUGUGGAGAAAAAACAUGGAAUGGAAAAGUCUAAGCCCUCCACAGAAAUUGUUUGCAAGUAUUUUUUGGAUGCUGUGGAAAACGGCAAAUAUGGUUGGUUUUGGGAUUGUCCAAAUGGAGGUGCAUGCAUUUAUCGCCAUGCCUUACCCCCAGGCUUUGUACUAAAGAAGGAUCGCAAGAAGAUGGAUAAGCAAAAGGAAGAAAUUAGUCUAGAAGACCUUGUGGAACGUGAGCGAGCUGCAUUGGGGCACAAUACGACAAGAGUUACACUAGAGACAUUCUUAGCAUGGAAAAAGAGGAAGCUAAAAGAGAAGGAAGAUCUAGAGAGAAAAGAUUCAGAAAAGAAGAAGAAGGACUUCCACUCUGGCAAAGACUUUGGGUUGUCUGGCCGUGAAAUGUUUACCUUUAAUCCAAACUUGGCAGUUGGAGGAGAUGAUCUUGAAGAAGGUGAUGAGUCAUUUGAUGUGCACAAUUUGGGAAAAGAUCCUGAGAAUGGUGAACAAGAAAUUGAGUACAGGGAAAUCAAUAUCAAUGACCUGCUAUCUGAGUACCAGGAAGUCGAAUCAUCAAAUGUAUCCAUAGCCAAACCUGAUAGACUACAGCAACUGCAAGCUGAGAUAAUAUUAGAUGCAGCUAAAACUGCUGCGGCAGCUGCGACAAUGGACACAGGAGCAGUGGAUGGUGCAGUUGGGGGAACUGAGGCAGCCGAUGUUGAUAUAGAUGAGGAAUUGUUUGAUGGGGAUGAUGAAGACCUUGAUGAGUUAGAUGAGCAACUAGAAGAUAUGACAGUCUCCUAGAAGAGGCUUAUGUAAGAGGAUACAGUUUGUCAUUAUGGCUGAACUUAUGCCUAAAAUUGGCAUACCAUUAACACUUGAUGGGAUAUAAUUUUUUUAUUAAAUAAAUUUUUUGUGAUAUACUCUGGAAUGGAUGCUAAUAUUAGUGUAUCAUUAAACAGUAUCAUAGCUGUCAGUCCAUCUGUCUACAUAAAUAAUCUUAAAAACUUGUACAUUGACUUGUUUUCAACACUAUUUCCCUAUUGGCUCAUGUUUAAAUAUGUUAAGUUUUACAGAUUCAUUGAAAAAUUUAAUUAAAAUGGUUAGACAUUGUCUUCUUCCAUUCAUAUAUAUACUCAUGCACUUUCUUACACCACCAGCAUCUGAGAGUUCUCCAUACUUAUUAUCUACAAUCUAGUAUUAACUGACCUGAUAAAUAUCUAAUAUACUUAGCUUGUAAUCAAUAGAUUCUGUGCACAAAACUUGCUGUCUGGUGUUCCUUUUGUAGUGGUGAAUCCUUUAGAGCAAGAUUUGGCCUUUAUUAUGUCAGUAACUGUAUUAACUUCGUUGAGGUUAAAUGUGAUAUAUUCAGGAAAAUAUGAAGAGGGCUUUAGGGGGGCUUUAUCAUGAUAUUUAUUUCAAGGUUAAAUAAACUGCCAUUUAUUUCUAAUUUUUAUUUAACUUGUGUUGUUCAUACUAAACGUUUAUUUAGGCCAUCGCAUCAUCAUUUAUAAUUUAUGCAAAAGUUUGUUUCCAUGGCACCAGUAUUAUACAGAAACCUCAGUACCAAUCAGUGUAAACUAAAAACAAGUAGUAUUGAAACCCAAACUAAUUAGCUGGAUAAUAAUGGGAACUAAAUAAGGAAAGGGGCCAUGAAGAUGUAUAUAGCCUUCAAAAUUUUGUCCAGUGACAACAGUUAACAUGUUAGGUCUCCAUUUUACCGAACACAAUUAUUUGUUAAUACACUUUAAACAGGAUAGUUUCUUUGUGCAAAAUUUUAUAGUAUUUACAAUGCUGUAGAAAUGAGGAUAGCAUAUGGAUACUGAAGAUCUCUGGACUUGGUCCAGAUUAUGGUAUUUCACUACCUGAAGAGAGAGAAAUAGAUAUGCUUGUACAGUAGUACUGUAUUUAGUUCUCUCUCUUCAGUCAUGUGAAGGUAAUCCCUAUAUACUUUGUACAGUUUCAGCUUCAUAAAACUCCAUUUCAUACAUCAAUCUUUUCAUCACAACAGAGGUUUAACUAAAGAUAUUUUAUUUUUGCCCCUGGAAUUUAUUGUAUCAGCACUUUCCUGCCUUGAAUCAAGAGCAAAGAAAGAUGACAUUUGAAUAAUUAUACAGAUAAGUUAACAGCAUUGCUGCUGCACACAAUUGGCUCAAAAUCAUUCUCAUUUCAGAAUUUCUACUAUCCUGUCCUUGGUUUUAUCAAACAUUUGCUUGUAUCAAGCUCAUAUAACUACACAAUUAUUUCAUAAAUGCUGUGAAAUACCUUCAGAAUGAGGGAAUGUUAAGGUCAUGUGUAUAACUGUUAAAUGCUGUUAUGUUGCACAUAUGCUUUGUACAUUCAAACAGAUAUGGAAGGCUGUCUUUGUUAUGGUAGCAACUUGUGUUUUAUAGCAGGUAUAAGCUUUAUAUGCAAAUGAACUUUUACCAGACAUAACUUGCCUAAAUAAAAGAUGGGGUGGAGUUGUUUAUUGUGUUUGAGAAAUAAAUGCUACCCACAAUAUUAAUCAAAA